AUGGCAAAUGAGGAGAAAGUCUUAGUGGUGAAUGAGAAUAAGUUUGUCAUUGCAGCAACUAUUAUACCUUUCUCGAUCGCUGGUGUUCUUAUAAGGAUUGCGCUUAGUCGUUUAGAGACCUAUUCUGGAGCACCUGUUUUCAGUCUUGUUUAUGCACAGUGGAUUGGAUGUUUUAUUAUGGGAGUUGUUAUGACAAAUAAGACUUUACUAUUUCAAUGCACUAGAUUUGACAUCAAAAGGUACUAUCCUCUUCACGGUGGCUUAUCGUCUGGCCUUUGUGGUUCUAUCACAACGUUCUCCUCUUGGCAACUAGGAAUCUUUAAAGAGUUUGCCAAUUACAAUGCAAACCCACAUACCUCAGGAAAGAAUGUACUGGCAGCAAUAUCUGUGUUCCUGGUGACGCUUUCCAUGUCUCAACAAGCUCUACUAUUUGGUCAGCACAUAGGAAAGAUGUAUAAGAGAACAGAUAUUCCAGAAGUAAAAGUUGCUCCACAAGGCUUUACAUCAAAAUAUCUGUCAAUGAAAGAUUAUUUGGUGAUAUCCUUUGGUAUGCUCUGUUGGAUCGGUGUAGUUUUUGCUGCAGUCUUUGGAAAGAGCCAAAAAGAACUUACAUUAGCCUGCGUGUUUGCUCCUGCUGGUGCACUCCUAAGAUGGGUGCUAUCAUUUUAUAAUUCAUCUCUAUAUUCGCUCUUUUUUGUAGGCACAUUUACUGCCAACAUAUUAGGCACAAUCAUACUAGCAGCUCUGUCUCUUCUACAGUCAGGUGCAAUCAUCAUGACUCCAAUUAAAUGCUAUGUCCUACAGGCACUUGCUGACGGAUUUUGUGGGUGUUUAACAACUAUUUCAACCUUUAUGGUUGAAUUAAACGCAUUACCUUUGGUAAACAGUUACAUCUAUGGUAUAUCCUCUGUCGUUGUUGCGCAAUGCUUUAUGUUUGUCAUUCUGGGUUCCUAUAUCUGGACUCAGGGCGUGCAUCCAUCAGCCAUUUGCGUGUCGUAA